UAAAUGAUACGGAACCAGGGACAGGGAAGUGCUGGGUAGAGCAAGGCCUGUCCCUGGCUAGGGCUUCACCCUCCGGCUUGUGCCCACGAACCUAGGUGAGGACAGGCACUCCUGCCUUUGUGCCCAAAUGCUGCAUUUUCCAAAACCACCCUGGCCCACCACGCCCCGAUCCUGGGCCUAUAAAAGCUGAGACCCUAGCAGGCAGAUACACAAGCGUCUGGACGUCCAGAGGAGGGGAUCAGCGGAAGAAGACACAAGCAGCUGGACAUCCACAGGAUGUCAAGGGGAGCAUGCCAGCGGAAGAGCAGAUGACAGACACUGGCAGGACAGCAGGCCAUUGACUGGAGGAACGAUGUGGAGUUUGGCGAGAUCAGGAAGAGGAGAGCACGGGCCGCUAAGCAGAGGGACCCCUGGUCCAUUUCCCGUCUGGCUCCCCCAUCUGCUGAGAACUACUUCUGUGUCCGGAAUUGGUGGGUUCUUGGUCUCACUGACUUCAAGAAUGAAGCCGCGGACCCUCACGGUAUUGAAGACAGGAUUUAUCUUCUCUACUUCUUCUUUUAGAAACAGAUCAAGAAACUGGCGAUUGAAGAGUAACUGAAAGAAACGCAAUCUGAUCUUACUAGCAGUGAAAGAGCGAGAAUGUUUUCAACUGCCCUUGUGCGACUAAACAUUUUCCAUCUGUGAUUUGCUCAGUUUGUUUUUCAUGUUGUUACUAGAUUUUCUGUUUUAUUUAUUGUUUCUGAAUCAGUGAACCAAGGUUACCCACUUUCCAAGGGUUCUGGACCCACACUGUACUCACUGUCUGAGAGCAGUCUGGAAUGCCUCAUGGAUGAAAAGAUGUUCCUGUUUUCAUGAAGAAAUUGGAAUUCAAGUUUGGAUCUCUGUACUGAAUAGAAAUGCAACAAGACCAAAACAUCCUGGAAUUUCCAGAACAACAUUAUUACAGAAGGUUUCUGGGCACCUAAAAUUGACAUAAUAACCGGAACACAGAGUCGAAAUGAAGCAGGAGGUGAAUUUUGAGACUAUUCUUGGACUGCAAUUUAAGCUUGAGACAAAGGAAACUGAUUGUGUUAUCUCUUUGUAACCCAAACACCUGUAAAUCUACUUCGCCAAGCUUUGACAGUAUUUGAACACUUAUUGAUCCUAAAAUGGUACAAAAACCUUUACUUGUUUUUCAGUCAAGAAAGAAACCACUGACUGAGCACUCUGAAGGAGAGUUAAAGAUUUUAAGAGAAUGAAGAAAGUUUCAAACGUUCACUGAGGAGAAUGGGGAAAAGAGUUGACUAAGAAAAUAGAAAAGGAUACCAAGAAAUCAUUGAAGAAGAGAUUAAAGUUAGAGGAGAUUAUUUUGUAUUUGUAUAAAUGUGCAUGUUUCCUCAAUUUUUCUCCAGCACAUACAUUACUCUGGGCAUGAGCACAGAAAGCAAGACAAUUGCCAGGAGUAUGUAAUGAAAAAUGAGUUGAAACACUGAAAAAGAUAAAGUAUGUCAGUGGAAUAUGAACAGAUUAGGGAAUAAAAUAAAGAAGAGGCGUGGGCUGUGGAAAUAAAAGGAAUCACAAAACUGGAGGCUCAAUGAAGUUAAAGAACACGUGGACUAGGAAAACCAAGAUGGUUGAAAAGACAGCAAAUUGUGAACACACAAAAUUCUGAGCUUAAAUUGUCAGCAGCAGUAAAGCAAUAUCAAGUAAUGAGAAUUCCAGCUGUGAGGCUGUAUGAGUGAUUUGCUGGAGAGGCACAGAAUUAUAGGUCAAUGGAGAUAAAGUCAUCCAUAAACUACAAACAAGGGAGGUGAAGGAGCCAUCCAGGGACAUUUAGAAAUGUGGUUUAGUCAAAUGGCAUGAAACUUUCAGAAAUAAAGGUGUGAAUAUAUUAUGUUAAAUGUCACAAAAACACCAGUGUUAUGGUAUGAAACAACUUCACAAUUUCUAAAGGCUUAUUUUUCAUGCUUUAUACUUGAUGACUUGAUAUUAGCUUGUGGUUAAUAAUUUGUAACAAAUACAACAUGAAUAAAGAUGCAACAUAAACUAGGUAAGUUCUAUAAACUGAAUAGAACGUGGAAAAUUAGUACACACAGUGCUAUGGGGUGAUGACAAACUGAAAGCAAGUGUUAUUGCUUUUGUUUUGUAUUGUUUUGUUUUGUGAUGGGGUCUCUCUCUGUUGCCCAGGCUGGAGUGCAGUGGCACGAUCUCAGCUCACUGCAAGCUGCGCCUCCCGGGUUCACGCCAUUCUCCUGCCCCAGAAGCUGGACGCUGCAGCUGGAACUAGCGUGCCAAGUUAUUUAUGAUUCCAUCUGAUAUACAUAGGAGAGAAACUGAUAGAAUAAUUCUGAUGGCAACUGUAUGAUAGAAGCUAUAUAAAGUCAAGUGUCCAUUUUCUUUCAACUAUAUUUGAGCAUACCCAGGAUAUAAGACGUGGAACUGAACAUUUAUUUGGCCGAUCCUCAUCAUGAACCGUGCUUUUAGCAGGAAGAAAGACAAAACAUGGAUGCAUACACCUGAAGCUUUAUCAAAACAUUUCAUUCCCUAUAAUGCAAAGUUUCUUGGCAGUACAGAAGUGGAACAGCCAAAAGGAACAGAAGUUGUGAGAGAUGCUGUAAGGAAACUAAAGUUUGCAAGACAUAUCAAGAAAUCUGAAGGCCAGAAAAUUCCUAAAGUGGAGUUGCAAAUAUCAAUUUAUGGAGUAAAAAUUCUAGAACCCAAAACAAAGGAAGUUCAACACAAUUGCCAGCUUCAUAGAAUAUCUUUUUGUGCAGAUGAUAAAACUGACAAGAGGAUAUUCACUUUCAUAUGCAAAGAUUCUGAGUCAAAUAAACAUUUGUGCUAUGUAUUUGACAGCGAAAAGUGUGCUGAAGAGAUCACUUUAACAAUUGGCCAAGCAUUUGACCUGGCAUACAGGAAAUUUCUAGAAUCAGGAGGAAAAGAUGUGGAAACAAGAAAACAGAUCGCAGGGUUACAAAAAAGAAGCAGCAGAAGCAGCAGAUGCUGGAUCCAAGACUUAGAAACAGAAAAUAUGGAACUUAAAAAUAAAGUACAAGAUUUGGAAAACCAACUGAGAAUAACUCAAGUAUCAACACCUCCACUGCUGCACAAUAUGUCUGAUCAUGAACAACAUGUGUUUCAGAGAUGCUCAUCCUCUUUCUGGCGUAGUAGUGGUGAUUCAUCUCCCUGUCUCAAUAUUUCUUCCAUCUCUGUCACUCCUGUCAACUCGCCUGAUUCCAGACUAUCACUGGGACUGUUAAUACCACCACCUUCUAAAUGUGGCUUUCCCAAGCCAGUCAGUGAGAGCAGCAUCCCAAGACCUCAUGCAGGCAGUAUGACACCUAAGUCGCCCUCCACUGACAUCUUUGAUAUGAUUCCAUUUUCUCCAAUAUCCCACCAGUCUUCGAUGCCUACUCGCAAUGGCACACAGCCACCUCCAGUACCUAGUAGAUCUACUGAGAUUAAACGGGACUUGUUUGGAGCAGAACCUUUUGACCCAUUUAACUGUGGAGCAGCAGAUUUCCCUCCAGAUAUUCAAUCAAAAUUAGAUGAGAUGCAGCGCCAGAGAUGGAGGGGUUCAAAAUGGGACUAACUCUUGAAGGCACAGUAUUUUGUUUCGACCCAUUAGACAGUAGGUGCUGACAUCAAGAACAAGAAAUCCUGAUUCAUGUUAAAUGUGUUUAUAUACACAUGUCAUUUAUUAUUACUUUAAGAUAGGUAUUAUUCAUGUGCCAGUAUGUUUUUGAAUAUUUUAAUAUUUUGAAAAUUUUUUCAGUUUAAUUUCCUCACCUUCACCAUUGAUCUGUAAUUUUUAUUUUAAAAACAACUUACUGUAAAGUAGAUCAUACUAUGUUCCUUUCUGUUUCCACUGUAGAUGAAUUUGUAAUUGAAAGACAUAUUAUACAAAUACCUGCCUUGUGUCUGAGUUCUAUUUAGUUAGCAUCUUGAAACUUGUAUUCAUUUUCCAGAUGGCUAGUUUAUUCGUGAUUUCCCAAAAGCCAUAUCUUAAAGAUAACUUUUUAAAUUCUGAAGAGAUAUGCCAAUGUCAAACUAAACAUGUUCUGUUUUCAAACCAACAAACGUUACUAUUCAUUAGACAGAUAUCAUUUUAUGUAUAAAUACUGUUCACAUCACUGGGAAAAUGUAAACUUUAAACAUAAUGCCACAAGGUCACUAAUUUCUAGCAGGUAAAAUUAUAAGGAUAUAAAUUCCAAUAAUAAACCAAAUGUAUUUAGAGUAUUAGUAAGUGCAAGGUGAUGUUAGUUAUAAUCAGUUAUACUCUAAAUAUUUAAUUUGUUUUAUAAAGAUAGUGAAAAAAUGAAAAUUUGCUAUUUAUUAAAAAAACUUUAAAUUUCAUCCCAAAUGAGAUAAUUUAUAUUACUAUAACAUCUAAGCAUCAUCUGAUUUGAUAUUCCCUAAAAAACAUUUGGAAUGUAUGCUAUCUAUAGAUUCAGUGUCUAUUACCCAGAUUUACUUUACCAAAUAUAUUUCUCCUCACUACAUAAGGACUACUCUUCUCAUAUUUUCUUCUUUGAUGAAGAUAUUUUUCACCAAAGUUUAUUUUGUGAUGCCCCCUUGGUUUUGAUACUUUAAAAUCUGUGGCACCCGUUCUAUAUGAAUUAUCAAUAUUAUUUGGUAAAUUCAAUCUGUAUUUGUUUUGUUAAAGUCAAAAAUCUCAUUUUUCAAAUAAAAAAACCUAGUUACUGCUCAGUUUAGUCUUGAACAUGAGCAAUAAAAUUCUCUUGCAUUUCACUCUUGAUGUGCUGAUGAACCUAGACUUUUAAAAAUAUUUGUUUCCUGUACCUUUACCCAUUAUGUAACAGACUAAUUUGUACUCAGUAAAAAAAAAUUUAUGGUCAACAUUUCUAACUUGGUUCAUCACAUUAUAAGAUAAAUAAAUUAAAUUAAUGAAAAUGUGACUUAGAUUAGGGGUGGCCCUCAAAAAUAGAUUCAUCGUUUACUUAUGGGAGUUUUCUUCAAGUGUUAAAGAUACAUUUUCACUAGGAAAAGAAAUCAAAUAUGCUUAUGCAAUAUAUAUUUGUGUGUUUUUCCCUGAUGCUAUAUGGUAUAUAUGAGCCUUCUUGUUUAGUUUCUUCUAUCUGCUAAGUUGUACCUUAAUUAGAGGGCAAUAUAUGUUUCAUAAAGAAGAGUCUUUAUAAUUUUGUUUGUCAGAUAGUAUUUUGGAAUUUGUAUAAUGAGGAUGUUUAGAAGCCAUGUAAGUGGCUUUUUUUAACAGAUAGAAUUUGUAUUUUUAUUGUACUUUAAAAAGAUUUAUGUAAUAAGUAUAUAUUUAGUGGCCAUUUAUUAUCAAUGGUAACACAAUAGAGUACUAAGAUGGUAUUUGCACAUUUAAGAUAUGUUACUUUACCAAUUUUUAAUGGUAAUCAACUCUGCUACUGGCAUGAUGAAAUAGUACAUAACUGGUCAUUAAUUAUGAACAUUUAUUUCUCCAGUGCGUUUUUAUGAAGAUCUGGUUGAAAAUUGUAUUUCUAUGUAAACUCAAUGAUAUGUUUGGUUUUCCUGAAAAUAAAUGAUUUUAAAUAAA